GAGCGAACACCCGCACCCCUUGAAGGACUCGAGGCUGGUGCGGGGAGGGCCCGCCUCGGGCGGGACCACGCCCGACAAGUUCUUCCAGGGCUGGAUCCGGGCCCGCGGGCGGCACUCCAGCCGCCGCCCGCGUGAGCUGCUCGCCAUCAUCGAGGAGGGAAUGGUCCGGAUGCAGCGAAAACCGGGCUCCACGCUGCCCGCGACGCGGAAGGGAGGGCAGGUGUACCUCUACGGUGCCGUGCUGCACUCGGUGAUCCCCCCAGACAUUGUGGCGGUCAGCUACCACUACACCGGCGUGGAGGAGGGGCUCGUCCUGAACCUGGAGAAGCUCGAGUCGGAGAGCGAGGGGCCCACCAUCGGGACGUGUGGUGGGGACCGCUUGGGCUGGCGCCAACCCGGAAGCACCCUGGGCACCCUCGGCCUCCGCGCCCCGUGCCCGGAGCCCCCGGACGAAGGGUCCACCCUCCUUCUGGUCGAGGACGAGCCCCAGUCGGACAUUGCCGGAUGGGAGCGACUGGGCGGGCGCGCCCUGGCCCCCCUAUGCGCUCGGCACAAGCGCAUGUACCGGCUUGCCCGCCAGCACCUCCUCUGCGCCUUCGCGUGCCCCCCCUCGUGCGACGUGAUCGGG